AUGCAUGAGUUGAACCGCCCUAAAAAUCGGUCUACGAAACAACAACUACAAUCAAAACAGCAACAGCAGCACGAGCCGAAACGCACGGGCCUCAUCAAUGAAGAACAGCAACGUCGGAUUGCCGCAAGAGCCGCCAAAGCUAUGGAGAAGCAGAUUCGUAGACGACGUGAUCACUGGUCACUGUUCAUGUGGGGUGAUCGCAAAAAGGCAGUCAUUAAGCGUUUUCCAGAUGGGACUCAAGAAAUUCUUGUUCCUCAAACCUUGACACCAGAACAAGAACAUUACGAAUUUCCACCACGCUCGCGAUUAUUAAAAAAGCUUGCAAGUGCCACAGCUGAAAGGAGACGUAUGCAGCCUUCGCCAUCAUCGGCUGCUGCUGCUGCUGCUGCUCCUGCUCCUGCUAAUGCUGCACCACCAACAACAUCCACGAUAAACCUUGACCACCAACAACAACAUCUUCCACCUCCCACCGUUUUGCCAUCCAUGUCACCUCCUAAACCAGAUCCAUCGGCUAUUGAUGAAUGGUUCUCAUCACACCAACAACAAAAAGAUCGUGAUGUUAUUGCAUGGAUGGAUCAAAUUGAACAAUCCAAAGAGAUUGAGAGCAAUAGUAGAAGAAGCAGUGCUCGGAUAUCGAUUGCAUCAAGAAUACCAUCAUCCUCAUCAUCGGCAUCAGCAGCACGUCGUUAUGCAGAAGGACAACAACAACAACAACCACAGCCACAUACAUUCUACAAUGACGAAAUCAUCCAUUUCCGAAGCGCGGCAGGCAAGCGCUGGGUCCCGAAACCAUCGUCCCAUGUGGCAUCGUAUACGGCUACAACUCCACUAUUACCACCACCUGAAGAUGAUUCUGUUGAUAAGCAUUAUGUUCGAUCGAGUCUAUUGCGGUAUCCACAGCAACGUAAAGACGAAGCAGCUACACGCAUUCAAGCGUUUUGGCGCGGGCGUCAUGAACGAAAGAAACCCAUUGGUGGCAUGGUACGGCUUGUUGGCAUGUUCCACCAAACACUGCAACACCAUCAACGACAAGCGCAUCAUCGGCUUGCUCAACUUGAACAUGAAUUAAAGGAGGAACGGCAUUAUCGUCAGUUAUCGCAGCAACGGCUUAACCAGCUUGAAAAGUCCACCACCACAACGUCAUCGUUUAUCAACAAACACGCAAGCUUGACUGAGCGAUUAGAAAGAUUGGAAAAAUCCUUGGGGCAGGAAUCAAAUCAGCGUCGUGAACUGCAAACUUCGUUAACAAGUGCCGUUCAGCAAAUGAAUCAAUUGGAAAAAUCCAUGAUGCAACAAGCUGAGCAUGGUCGUAUGGCAAGAAGGAGUUUACAAAAACAACUUGAUCAAGUAUUAUUAGAUAUCCGAUCCAUCCGAUCUUCACGUCGAUAG